UUUUAAUAUAAAAUAUGAUUAAAAAAAAUAUGAAUGAAAAGAAGAAAAGGGACUUUUAAGAGAUAUCCUAAAAAGAAAUGAACUUUAGAGUAUAUAUAUUGACCUCUUGAACGACAUCCCUAAUAAAAAUCCAUCCUCUUUUCGAAUAAAUACUUGGUCUUUAUAAAGUCAAAUAAAGAAAUCAAAGUACUCCAUACUAUUCUUUUCCCCUACACUGAUUGAUUACUCUUCUUACCCCAAAUAUUCUUUUAAUUUAUUUAUAAACAAUCCUUAACCCUCCAAAAAAAGAAAAAAGUGACAAUUUUAUUUAUUUAUUAUAAUAUAUUAUAAAAUAAAAAAAUAGAAGUGGUCGCCAAUAUGGAUCUAUCUCACGUCCUCAUAAAAAGCUCGAAAUCACAACUCACAAACUUCCAAAGUAAGAGAAUUAACCCAGAUUUUUCAGCACCUAUCUUGUUUUAUUAAAAUUAGAUAUUCUCUCUCUUGAAAUUAAAAUUGAAAGAGAAGCAAUCUAAUAAAUCUAAAGAAAGCCUUUUUAUUAAUUACGAAUCCAAAAUAAAUGGGUACAAGUAGAUGGUGUACAAUCUGUACAUGUACAUUUACUAAUUCGAUAUUAGUUUGUUGUGUUGUAUAAUUCGAAUUAGUCGGCGUGCUGAUGGAAAAACAACAAGCUACCAACAAAAGUUGCAGAAUUUCAUCAACUAGUGAUUUUUCAAGAAAUUUAAACAGCUUUUGGUACUGUGGUUGGAUUAUUAUUAUUAUUGUUAUUGUUAUUAGUAUUAAUAUUAUUAUUAUUUUGUUGUUAUAAGAUAUGACUAUGGUUCCUGCUCCUAAACUAUCCAAACCACAUCUUGUUUUUUAUGGUGGCUGUGGUGCUGGUGCCGAUGUCAUGACUCGAUUCGCCGAUGGCUGCAGUGCUCCUGCUGGCUAUGUUGGUUAUGAUAGCGUCAUCGACGGCAACACUCGUACUAAUACUGUUACUGGUAAUACCGACAUUAUUGCUAAUAGCAAGCUAGAUAUUGAUAACGUAGGGAUUGGUUAUCCUAAUAAUAAUAAUUACGACUCCUACCAUAAUAUUAUUUUUCGUAUGGCUGAGGAAGACCACUCUAGAACUUCUAACAGUACUAGUGUUAACGAUGAUGGUGAUCAUCAGCAGGCAGCUGCUGCUGCUGCCGCUGCCGCCGCCUCUUCUACUUCCAUGAAGGGGCGGGACGAUACCCCUACCCCUCCCCCACCUCCACACCAUCAUCAAAGGGGUAUCGUUGACAGCAGCAGCAGCUGGCUGCAGUUAGGUCUAGGUAGGACGACCCAUGUGGAUACUCCUCCGCUUCCACAACAACAUCCAGCGAUGUCAUCGUCGUUACACAUGGGAGGAAGCGCGGGUGGGUUGAUGCUGGAGCUCAGCCUAGGAGGAGGAGGUGGAAGCAGUGGCGGAAUACCAUUAAUGAUACCGGGGUUAGAGCAAAGAAUAAUCCCUCAAAAAUCAUGUGAUCAUCAUUUUAUUACAACUAGUAAUAAUUUGUUUACUAGUGGAGGUGUUAUUGGAUCACCAACUACUUACAUCUCUCAUCAACAACAUCAUCCUAUGAUUCCUCUAAUAGCCUCUAUUCCACAACCUCAACAGCUCCUAUCUCAUCAUCAACAACAACAUCAGACGGGUUGGGGUUUUGCUAAUCAGAGAGCGGCUUUGUCAGCAGCCGCAGGGUGUUCAUCAUCUCUAUCUCCAUCUUCAUCUUCGUCCAUGCCACCUGCACAAAUUGGUGCGGGUUCGGGUUCAGGUUCGUUUUUAACCCGCCCAUUUACACCUUCCGGGUCAUCCGUAGUUGCCGUAGAUUCCGAAUUCAGAGUAUUACAUCCUCCUCCUAGGAGACCUCAUACUGGCAUUUGGUUUGCUCUUCAAGCUUCUCUCCAUCAAUCAAAAGAACCGUUUUUACCUCAAGUAUCCAAGAGUUUUCUCCGAAUCAAGGAUGAGAGGAUGACUGUUCGAUUAGUGAUGAAGUAUGUGGCUAACAAGCUUGGAUUGGAUAGCGAAUCAGAGGUAGAGAUAAGGUGUAAAGGGCAACAACUAGUACCAUACUUGACGUUGCAGCAUGUAAGAGACAAUAUUUGGAGUUCAAGUGACGCGGCUGUGACGACUGUGACAUUACUUCCUGACUCCUCAACAACUGAUCAUCUCAUGGUUUUGAAUUAUGGUAGAAGCACUUCUUCUUCUAGUACCUCGCUACCUCUACCUAAUUAAUUAAUUAAAUACAUUAAUUAAUUAUGCUCAAUUAUAAUGCUAGGUUACUAAAUUACUACUACGAGAUCGAUCGAUUAAUCGAUAAAUUAUGGAGAUUCUUAUUUUUUUUAAUCUCUCCUUAUUCAUUAACCAACCCCACAACAUCAUCUUGUAUCAAUAUUGUUGUUGAUCAAUUAAAUUAAUACCCUUAAAUUAGAAGGAAAAAAGAAAAGAAAAAAAAAGGAAGUUUUCCCUAACAGUUCCAAUUGUAAUUUUCCUUCUUUGCUUAGGUUGUAGGAUGAAUUAAUUAGCUACCAAAUUAAAUACCCCAUUAUGUAAGGUAUGUGUUUUCGGCAUUUGGGGUACCUUGUAAUUGUAUAAAACAAAUUUUAUUGUCCGAUAAUAGGACAUUUUAUUUAUUCUCUUCUUAUACUAGCUACUUUCCCUUUUUCAUAAGAUUAUCUUGUA